GACGGUUAAGCUGUAGGUCCUUCACACCACAAGAUGGCACUAUUACCUUUGGCUGUUAGCUGCUACGGUCCUCUCGUUUCACGUUGACUAAACAGCAGCAACGUUUGAUUUUAGCAUCUUUCGAUGGUUAAUUUUAAUUAUCUAAUUUAACGAAUUGUGCCUGGUUUUUUUUAUGUGUCCCGUUGAAAGAGUUUUCGUUUGAACUCAUUAAACUAGCUAGUGUUAAGCUAAUGUUACCGGACGUUAGCUAGCAACGGCCAGUUUUAAGCCUGCGUAAUGUUACUUAUUACUGUGUAGUCGGUCAGGACAGUUAAGAGACUGGACAUACCAAGAGAAUUGGAUUUAAUGAAAACCAUGAUUAAAUGUUUGCCUAAAGAGGUUCAGGGGAAACUUCGCUCUGGUGUCGCUAUCCCCUCACUUCAGCAGUGCGUAGAGGAGCUUAUCCUAAACAGCAUCGAUGCCGAAGCGACCUGUGUGGGAGUCAGGGUGGACAUGGAGGCGUUUAAAGUUCAGGUAAUCGACAACGGUGCUGGGAUGAACGCUGAGGAUAUAGAGUGCGUGGGAAACAGAUACCACACAAGCAAAUGCAGCUCUGUUGAAGACCUGGACAACCUCAGUUGGUAUGGUUUCCGAGGAGAAGCCCUGGCAAGUAUAGUUUCUCUAGCCACACUUGUUGAAAUCUCAUCCCGGACCAGAUCAUCAGUGAAAACUCACGUCAAAAUCUUCAAGGAUGGCAAGGGCAUGAAUGUAUUUGAAGCAGAGAUUGCACGACCCUCUGCAGGGACAACUGUUGUCAUUUGUAACUUCUUCCACAACAUGCCAGUCCGGAAGAAGAGGAUCAAUGCUGUCCUGGAGGGUGAGAGAAUCAGACACAGAAUGGAGGCUAUUUCUCUGAUGCAUCCCUCCGUGUCUUUCACCCUGAAGAAUGACUGCACAGGAGUUAUGACGGUGCAGCUUCCUAAAGCUAAAAACACCUACCACAGGUUUGUUCAGAUACACAGCCUCGGGCGAGCACAGAAACUUGGAGAAAUCAGCUACACUCACGGACAGUUUGAAGUGAUCGGUUACGUUGGCAUGGAAGGCCACUACAACAACGGCUUACAGUACCUGUAUGUAAAUGACAGACUGCUCCUGAAAACACGGAUACACAAGCUGCUGAACUUUCUCCUACGCAGAAUCAGCAGUUCAAAUCAGAAAAAUGACAGUCCAGAGUGGCAGUCUGCCACCAGGAGUCCAAAGCACAAACGAAGCCAAGAGCUGCAUGGAGUAUACAUCAUCAAUAUUAAAUGCUCUUACUCAGAGUAUGACAUAUGUCUUGAGCCUGCCAAAACUCUAAUAGAGUUCAAAGAUUGGGAUGGCAUAUUGCUCUGUAUAGAAGAGGCAGUGAAAGCUUUCCUGAGCAGAGAGAACUUGGUGGCUGUACUUUCUCAAGAUGAUUUGGACUAUGUAUCUCCCAAAUUGUUUGGCACUCACAAUACAGACCAAGAGGGGCACAACAGUGGCAAUGGUGCCCAAGCGACUAUCAGUGCUUCAACAUUAUAUUGCAGUAUAGGAAUGAAACUGGCAUCUGCUUCUGUUCAUCGUAAGCACAAAGAGGACUGUCUAAGUGAGGACAGUGUUUGCCAGGAGUCUGGUCUGAAGGAGUGGAAAGAAGAGACUGAGCAACUGGGGCAGAAAAAGAUAACUGCAAAUGAGUUGGAAACUCAACACAAAGAAUGUAGAGAUGAGCCACUGUGUGAUCUGGCUAGACUGGAACCUGCAUCUAAUAAUAACAUUUCUGAAGAGCUUACACAGGAGCUAACAUUCAGUGAAGCUGGGGAAGGCUCUCAAAUUUUAUGUAUUUCAAGUUCAGUCAGACAACUAGAAACUGAAAAACUUGAACUUUCAAAAGAAAGGGAGAUAAGAUUAAACAAUACUACCCCAACCAGUGAUGCGACUUCACUAGACAGCAUCACUCAACAAAUUCUGCCAGAUUUAAACAGUAUUGAGCAAAUAUUACCUUAUGGCAGGGGUACAGGAGGACAUGGAAAGACUUUAGUAAGUAACAGAAAGAUCAGUCUGUCAGAUCCAUACAUUCAUGAAAGUCUGCAGACCCAGGACCUGUCCAAAAUCAGCAAGUCAGUAGUUCAGCAGCAAAUUUUAGCACAGAAAUGUGAAGAGAGAUCCUUUGCAUCAAAAUGCAAAAUCUCACUGGAUGCAGGCCAAGACAGAUCUUGUCAGAAAGUAUACAAAGACUUUGCUCCUGUCAUUCCCUCAAAGAUUCCCAGAAUUGUAACUUGUCAAAAGUUGUCUUUAUGUAAAGAGUGUGGAUCUCUUGAGGAGUUUAGAAGAGUAUAUGGUAAAUCUGAUGAACUGAAAUUACCCUCUCCAGAGACUCAUCAAAAGAAUAAUACUAGACUUCUUCAGACCGAAAGAUUUGUUUUGAAUUCCCAGAAUUUAUUGAUUUGCCAGAAAGAUCAGCAGGAUGGUGAUGCUACAGAAACACAAAAAGAAGAGACACGGAGCAGCCUCCGAAGCCCACCAACCCUCUCAGUUUUCAACAAGUUAAAACCAGUCUCAAGGCAGAAUAGAGGCAAAACAUCUUUGGCAGCUAAACUCUGCCAUUUGAAACAACACAGGACAGACGCUUCAAAAGUAUUACCACACCUGUCCAGAACUGCCUCACAGGACAAUACCUGCCUCAGUAGUGGUAAUGAUGGCAUCCAAGACAGCAAUAACAACAAGGAACACUGUGACACUGCACUGAAUCCAGAGCCUGUCCCCGGUUGCAGUACAAAUCCUCAGCUGGCUGAGAGUGAAGAGGCCACAACAUCAGGUGACUGGCUUCAUUACUACAAUACAUCUGUGGGAAAAACAGUUUAUGUCAACAAAGUGACUGGGCUCAGCCAAUAUGAGGACCCACCUACUGAAGAAACACAAGUGUGCUGUACAUCUGAUGUCACCAAUAUGGCUGUUAGUGUCAUCUCUGAAAUUGGGAUGGAAUACAGAUGUUACCCAUUUCAGGUGGAUCUAGUGUUGCCCUUCCUACCUAAAUCCAGGACAGAGAGAGUGAUUAGUUCAGGGCUUGAUGACAGAGAUGACAACGGUGAGAGCUCCAGCUCACUCACCUCAUUGUACUCAAAGUGGAACAACCCUGUCUUUGUCCGACCUCCGAUGGUUGGUGUGGACAUAUCAAGUGGGCAAGCUGACGGACUGGCGGUCAAGAUCCACAACAUUCUCUUUCCAUACCGCUUUUCUAAGGCCAUGAUUCACUCAAUGAAGGUUAUUCAUCAAGUGGAUAAGAAAUUUCUUGCAUGUCUUAUCAAUACAAGAGAUGAAGAGCCUGUGGCACUCACUGAAAGUAAAGGAAACCUUCUGGUGCUGGUGGAUCAACACGCUGCACACGAGAGAGUUCGACUUGAAAAUCUAGUUGCAGACUCCUAUGAGGAUGAUCCAGAUGUACCAGGAGAGAGACGUCUGUGUUCAUCAACCAUUUUGCCACCUCUUGAUAUCAGUGUAACAGAAGAGGAGCUAAGGCUACUUAGGUCUUGUCAGCCACAUUUGCGGAGUUUGGGUCUGGAAGUGAAGUUCUCACAGGCAGCGGAUCCACAUAUCUUUGUAGGAAAGGUACCACUGUGCUUCAUGGAAAAGGAGAGUAAUGAGCUCAGGCGGGGGAGACCAUCUGUUAUCAAGCCUAUUGUUGAGGAGUAUCUCCGAGAGCAGAUUGAGUUACUAUGCUCAACUGGGAGAGUGAGGGGAUCUCUGCCUCUCACUGUGCUGAAGGUGCUAGCCUCCCUAGCAUGCCAUGGUGCCAUCAAAUUCAAUGACAGCCUGAGUAGAGAUGAAUGCUACAGCUUGGUGGCAUCCUUGUCCUCCUGCCAGCUGCCCUUCCAGUGUGCCCAUGGUCGUCCAUCCAUUGCUCCCUUAGUCGACAUCCUCCAUUUGGACAAAGACCAGAAGGAAUUACAGAAACCCAACCUCCAAAAGCUGAGAAGAAUGUAUAAAGCGUGGGAACUAUAUGGAAAUAGAUAAGCGGUCAAAGUCCUCUGCAAUGGACUGUGAGAGGUGCUCAAGAUAUCUUCGCGGCGCAUCGAGGGGGUUUCUCCCACCUGCCGGACUGAGUCUCCGGUCGGGACACUCUGCCAGAAGACGCCAGAAGAGGCGAGCUCU